AUGUGGAGGCUCAAGAUCGCAGAGGGUGGCGGCGAUGAGUACUUAUAUAGCACAAAUAAGUUUGUAGGGAGGCAGACGUGGGAGUAUGAUCCUCAUGCUGGCACGCCUGAGGAGAGAGCUGAGGUUGAAGAAGCUCGUCUCAAUUUCUACAACAACCGUCAUCAUGUCAAGCCCAGCGGUGACCUCCUCUGGCGUAAGCAGGAUAUUUUGUUCUUGGUUUCGUCUUGUUUUGUGGAAAAAUGA